AUGCGCCGAGGGGGAAUCGAACCCCCGGCUCCCCGACGCUGCUUGAUGGCAACGGAGAAUUUUACCACUAAACCAUCGGCGCUUAGUGAACCGGAAAUCGGAUGA